AUGCCCCAGGCCACAUCCCACGGCGCCACGAACCCGGCGAGCAGCAGCACCAACGACGCGCCGCCCCGGCCGGACGACCACGAUGAUGGCUUCAGCCGCGCCGCCGCCCCGGACGACGGCGAGGAGGACAUCGGCCUCCUGCACGCCCACGCCGACAUCGACGACGACGACGACGACCUCGUGAUCCUGCCCGGCGGCGCCGAGGAGGAGCCCAAGGGCCGCGACACUUCCUCCCCGCCCCGCACGCCGGGCCACGUCCGCUUCGACCUGCCACCACCGCCUACCGCCGCCGCGAACGGCCACGCCAACGGGCACCCGCGCGAGGCGCUCGGCGUCGCCGACGACGGUGGCGACGAGUACUUUAGCGACGACUCGGACGACGACGACGCGGCGCUGCUGUCGCGCGACCCGCUCGCCUCGCGCCCCUUGCUCACGGGCCUCGAGGCCCCCGCCGUCGCGCUCGCCAACUCGGGCCGCCUCUCGCCGACGCCGAGGGGCAGGGGGCCCGCCGCGGCGGGGGAGGACGGGCAGGACUCGUCGGCCGAGCUGGCGGCGGAGGAGGAGCGCCUGCGGCCCAAGUCCGGGCUGCGCAGCGCCUUCAUGAACAUGGCCAACAGCAUCAUCGGGGCGGGCAUCAUCGGCCAGCCGUACGCCUUCCGGCAGGCCGGGCUCGUGGCCGGCGUCGCGCUGCUCGUCGGCCUCACCGUCAUGGUCGACUGGACCAUCUGCCUCAUCGUCGUCAACAGCAAGCUCAGCGGCGCCUCGAGCUUCCAGGGCACGGUGGAGCGCUGCUUCGGCCGCCCGGGCCUCGUCGCCGUCAGCCUCGCGCAGUGGCUGUUUGCGUUCGGCGGCAUGGUGGCCUUUUGCGUCAUCGUCGGCGACAGCAUACCGCACGUGCUGCUGGCGGUGUGGCCGUCGAUCCGCGACGUGCCCGUCGUCGGCCUGCUGGCCAACAGGAGGGUCGCCAUCGUGGUGUUUGUCAUCGGCGUCAGCUACCCGCUGACUUUGUACCGGGACAUCGCAAAGCUCUCCAAAGCCAGCACCUUUGCUCUCAUCAGCAUGAUGGUCAUCUGCGUCACCGUCGUGGUGCAGGGCAUCCUGACGCCCCGCGCCGAGAGGGGCUCCUUCAGCGCGCCGCUGCUCACGAUCAACUCGGGCAUAUUCCAAGCCAUUGGCGUUAUAUCAUUUGCCUUCGUCUGCCACCACAACUCGCUCCUCAUCUACGGCUCCCUCAAGACGCCGACCAUCGACCGCUUCUCGCGCGUGACGCACUACUCGACGGGCGUCUCGAUGCUGGCCUGCAUGCUCAUGGCCCUGGCCGGCUUCCUGACCUUUGGCGACCGCACGCUGGGCAACGUGCUCAACAACUUCCCCUCGGACAACGCCAUGGUCAACGUCGCGCGGCUCUGCUUCGGGCUCAACAUGCUGACGACGCUGCCGCUCGAGGGCUUCGUGUGCCGCGAGGUCAUGCUCGACUACUGGUGGCGCGGCGCGGCGUUCGACCUGCGCCUGCACGUGCUGCUGAGCACAGGGCUCGUCGCCGCGGCCACGGCGCUGAGCCUCUUCACCUGCGACCUGGGCGUCAUCUUCGAGCUCGUGGGCGCGACGAGCGCGUGCGCCAUGGCGUACAUCCUGCCGCCGCUGUGCUACGUCAAGCUCACGGCGCGCCGCGACUGGAGGACGUACGCGGCCGGCGCGGUCGUGGUGUUUGGGUGCGCCGUCAUGGUCAUCAGCGUCGUGCAGGCCGUGGCCAAGAUUGUGAGCGGUGAGUUUUCUCCUUUCUUUUUCCUUGCGUUCAUCUGCUGGUCUUUUGUGUGUCGUGUGUGCGAGGGCGGCAUGGCACAGUGUGUUUAG